GGUCUACGGCGCGAAUGAUGUAAACAAACAAUCUUGAUAUAUGUUUUAAAUUUCUUAUUAUGAAAUGGCCUCAUCGGGUAGUUACAACAACCCAAAGCCUGGAGUAUUGUUUCAUCAGCCCACCAAGGAAUCGCCGAUUGAACACGGAAAUCGUCGAACGAAAAGCUUUAAAACUAAACUGUCAAAAGGCGAAUCAAAGAAAACUUUGGUUAGGAACACAGAACUUACAGUUUACCCUACGGUCUACAAAACUGACGAACCUAUUGUUGAAGAUACACGGGAUAAGAAGAAAGAAGCCGCUCCCCAGUCAGUAUCCACUGGUUUGUACAAAACUAAUUUAUCUGCACCAUGUCUCAACUCAGCUCUUCGCAUUGUAAAAGAAAUGAAACAAGCAUCAAAGGCCAGACCAUCAAAUAGCCAAUGUGCCAAGCUCAUGGAUGAGGGAAAAGUUUUGCAGCAAGUUAACUUUUUAUAUGAAGAACAUCUUUAUCAUGAUCUAGUAGCUUUAAAUGUGUCAGAUACUGAUGUUGUUGAAUCAAGUUCAUCUCGAAAUAGCAGCAGGUUUCGACCACGAGAGAAAGAUAAAGAGCCAAAGCUCUCACAGUUUUUUACUCCCACUUUUUCAGAAGAGUAUAAAAUUCCAAGAAACCCUCCUCGUCGUGUUAAAACCUAUCCAUCUUCUAGUGGUAAUUUUACAAUAUAUCAACGCAUGAGAUCUUGGAAUGUAGAAUAAUGGUGCAAUAUUGGAUAAAUUUUGAUUACACUUUGUUUUAAAUGCAACUGCAGUUGAGAAAAAAAGAAAUUUAUUGUUCUUAGCUUGGUCUUAAAAUUAUUGGCAAUAAUGUAUAACAUUACAGAGAUGUAAAUGAAACUAAACUCUAAAACUUAACAACAGCAUUCAGUAAUUGAAUGUAACUUCCUAACUUUGGCUUGAUAAAGAAUAGACUAUGUAAACAAUGAACAAGAUUGCUUAAAAUUGAGUCUGGUGCAUAAAAACAAAUAUAGGAAACACUUGCAGAACAACUUUUAAUUGAUUAUCAAAAGUAAAAGAGCGCUACCCUCUCCGUUCAUUAUUCAGAAUACUGCCUUCAUUGAGUCUUCAAUGACGCCAUCAUUUUAAAAAAUAAUGAAUUUGUAUUUUCCAAUAAUUUUUGGGGUUCUUCAAAUUCAAUCACCUAAAUUUGUUAAAGUGAACAAUCUAAUGAGGCAAUGUAAUAAAAGUAUUAAAAUUCUUUCGA